AGCUUCUAUGCAACGUUGGCCACAAUGAAGAAAAAUUAGGGUUUAUGUAUGAAGACAUAAUUAUUUGCUUGCGAUUAGCUUUGUUAAAUGAAGCGAAAGAAGUGCGAGCAGCUGGCCUCCGCGCCCUCCGCUAUCUUAUUAGAGAUUCCAGUAUUUUACAGAAGGUGCUAACUUUAAAAGUAGAUUACCUAAUAGCUAGGUGCAUAGAUAUACAGCAAAGCAAUGAAGUAGAGAGGACUCAAGCACUGCGACUAGUCAGAAAGAUGAUUACUGUGAAUGCUUCCUUAUUCCCUAGUUCUAUAACCAAUUCCUUAAUAGCAGUUGGAAAUGAUGGCCUUCAGGAGAGGGACAGAAUGGUUCGGGCCUGUAUCGCAAUCAUCUGUGAACUAGCACUUCAGAACCCAGAAGUUGUGGCGCUUAGAGGUGGUCUCAGUACUGUCCUGAAAAAUGUGAUUGACUGCCAGUUAAGCCGAAUAAAUGAGGCACUCAUCACCACAGUCCUGCACCUUCUCAAUCAUCCAAAGACACGACAAUAUGUGCGCGCUGAUGUUGAAUUAGAGCAAAUUUUAGCUCCAUACACAGACUUUCACUACAGGCACAAUCCAGACACAGCAGAAGGACAGCUCAAAGAGGACCGAGAGGCCAGAUUCCAGGCAAGCAAACUGGGGAUUGUAGCAGCAUUCCGAUCAUGGGCAGGUAUCAUUAGCCUAUGCAAGCCUGGGAAUUCUGGCAUCCAGUCUCUGAUUGGAGUUUUUUGUAUACCAAACAUGGAAAUACGGCGGGGACUUCUUGAGGUACUGUAUGAAAUAUUUCGCCUCCCUCUUCCUGUGGUGACAAAGGACUUUAUUGAGGCACUGCUUAGUGUAGAUCCAAGUCGUUUACAGGAGUCUUGGAGGCUUUCAGAUGGGUUUGUAGCAGCAGAGGCUAAAACAAUUCUUCCACAUCGAGCACGCUCCAGACCUGAUCUCAUUGACAAUUAUCUAGCGCUUGUACUUUCUGCAUUCAUUACAAAUGGCUUGUUGGAGGGGCUGGUGGAGGUAAUAACGAGCAGCGAUGACGAUGUGUCUGUCAGAGCAACAAUCAUCCUUGGGGAGCUCUUGCACAUGGCAAACACAAUCCUUCCACAUUCACACAGUCAUCACUUACAUUGUUUACCAACCCUGAUGAACAUGGCAGCAUCGUUUGACAUCCCCAAAGAAAAACGACUGCGGGCCAGUGCAGCAUUAAACUGCUUGAAACGCUUCCAUGAAAUGAAGAAACGAGGACCGAAACCCUACAGUCUGUAUCUAGAUCACAUUGUACAGAAAGCGAUGGCUACCCACCAAAAACGUGACCAACACCUGCGUGUACAGAAGGAUAUUUUUAUCCUCAAGGAUACAGAAGAAGCCGUAGCAAUGAAUCUUCGAGAUAGCCAAGUCCUCAUUCACAAAGAGAACCUUGAAUGGAACUGGAAUCUUAUAGGGACCAUACUCAAGUGGCCAAAUGUGAAUCUGAAAAACUGUAAGGAUGAGCAGCUGCACAGGUUUGUACGGCGGCUACUGUAUUUUUACAAGCCCAGCAGCAAGCUCUAUGCCAAUCUAGAUUUGGAAUACAAUAAAGCCAAGAAGCUGACUGUAGUAGGUUGCCAGUUCACAGAGUUCCUGCUAGAAUCGGAGGAGGAUGGACAGGGCUACCUGGAGGAGUUGGUGAAGGACAUUGUUCUGUGGCUGACGACCACGUCAGGCAUGAAACAAGAGCGCAGUCUGCAAAACAACGGCUUACUGAACACACUCUGCCAGUACUAUUUCCUCUUUAUUGGUACCCUCUCCUGUCACCCUCAUGGAGUCAAGAUGCUGGAGAAAAUGCAAUGUGUUUCAGUGUCUCCUAAAUCUUUGCUCACUUAAAAAUCAAGACCACUUAUUGAAGCUGGCAGUCUCCAGUUUAGAUUACAGCCGAGACGGGCUUGCCAGAGUCAUCCUCUCCAAAACCUUAACCGCAUCUCCUGAUAGCUGUCGCCUGUACGCAACAAAGCAUUUGCGGGUUCUUCUGAGAGCCAAUGUAGAGUUUUUCAGCAACUGGGGGAUCGAGUUACUGGUCACGCAGCUACACGACAAAAGCAAAAAUAUAUCUUCGGAAGCCUUGGAUAUUUUAGAUGAGGCCUGUGAAGACAAGGCUGUAAUCUACAUGCACUCAUCCAGAUGAAACCUGCUCUCUCUCAUCUUGGGAGAUAAGGGCCUGCUUCUACUUAUAAGGCUCCUGUUGUCAGUUCCAUGGUCAAGGGUGUCCACAUUUCUUACAUAAAUGAGAGGUAUUUAUGUCCCCAAAGCAGCUGGAAAAAUGUGCAAAGGAAUAUAAUCUAAAAUAUGUUGAAUUGAUAGAAGAGCAGCUAAACGAGGCUCUCACCACCUAUCGAAAGCCUGUUGAUGGCGAUAACUAUGUCCGACGCAGUAAUCAGAGAGUGCAGCGUCCCUAUGUGUAUUUACCUGUCCACUUGUAUGGGCAGCUAGUGCAUCAUAAAACUGGUUGUCAGCUCUUGGAGGUCCAGAACAUUGUUCCAGAUCUAAGCUACACUGUACGAUCACCAUCACUAGACAAGUGGGAAGGAAUCAAACAGCUCAAAGCAGCUCUCUGGUCAUUGGGUAACAUAGGAUCCUCCAAUUGGGGACUGAACUUGCUUCAGGAAGAGAAUGUGAUCCCAGAUAUUAUAGCACUCGCUCAGCACUGUGAAGUGCUUUCUAUUAGGGGGACCUGCGCAUAUGUUCUUGGGCUGCUUUCCAAGACGAAGCAAGGAUGCGACAUAUUGAAGCACCAUAACUGGGAUGCGGUGAGACAUAGCAGACGACAGCCGUGGCCAGUGGUUCCAGAUGACAUGGAGCAGCUCUGUAAUGAGUUGUCAUCCAUACCUAGCACACUCAGCCUGAACUCUGAGUCAACCAGCUCGAGACACAACAGUGAAAGUGAAUCCGCACUUCCUAGUAUGUUCAUUGAAGACGGUAAUUCUUCGACAAGUCCUUUCUUCUUCACAGAUGAUUCUGAGCAGACAUUUUUUGAAACGCCGUUGAAGGACAAGGAUCGCAGUCCAUUCACUCUUCUUGCCCAAAGCAAGUUUGUAAAAAAUCGUUUUCUAAAUUCACUGACUCUGCCAAGCAAGAAGUUUCGGGCCAGCAGCACCAGUGAUCCUAAAACAAAUAAACUCCUGGCGGACAAGCAGCCAGGCCUAAGGCGGAACCGAACGGUCACUGAGCCGUGUUCACAUUCAGAGUUUAACUCCAUGGACAGUUUGGGCUCUGUUUUUAAAGUUCCCAAAAUAAACACCCUUCGGCCUGAAAAUUCUAUCAUUAAACACAUAGACGACAAUGGCAGCACACCCAGUAUUACUGAAAAUGAUCUAAAACUUCCAAAAAGUCUGGGGCACGAAAAUCACAGAGAUCAUGCAAGCCGUGAGAGACUCAUAGGUGACGGCACAAUGACCACACACUUUAAGAGUCGCAGCUUGAGUUUCAAUACGGACACGACGACUAGCGGGAUCAGCUCCAUGAGCUCCAGCCCUUCUAGAGAGACUGUGGGAAUAGACACUACAAACCUUGAUACAGACUGUGGAAGUUUGAGUACAGUCAUUAGCACCAAAACUGUCAAACCAGCCAUGCUGCAUCCCAAUCACUUGCCCCUUUCAAAGUCAAACUCUGUGUCCUUGGUCCCCCCAGGGUCUUCCCAUACGCUUCCUCGAAGAGCGCAGUCACUUAAGGCGCCCUCCAUAGCUGCCAUAAAAAGCCUGGCGGAUUAUCACUUUAGCUACACGAGUUCUCGAGACGCAUUCGGAUAUGCAACUUUGAAACGGCUACAGCAACAGCGAAUGCAUCCUUCAUUGUCUCAUUCUGAAGCUUUGGCCUCUCCAGCCAAAGACGUUCUCUUCACCGAUACCAUAACCAUGAAGACUGGAAGCUUAGAUUCCAGGCUAACAUCAAGCAGGUUCAUGAAGGCAUUAAGCUACGCUUCACUGGAUAAGGAAGAUUUGUUAAGUCCAAUAAACCAAAACACUCUCCAGCGCUCGUCUUCUGUUCGCUCUAUGGUGUCGAACGCAACCUACGGCAGCUCGGAUGAUUACAUUGGUUUAGCUUUGCCUGUGGAUAUUAAUGAUAUGUUUCAGGUCAAGGAAACUCCAUAUUUCCAAAAGACAAUGCCUCCCACGGAAGAGCGCGCGCUGCUAAAAUUUUUGCACCUGAAGUAGGAGGUAUUACUGGAUCCGGGGUUAAGAGCCCAUACCAGGCACUCCGGCAGCAGUUCAGCAUUACAGAAAUUAUGAACUCAAGCCGGUCAGACGCUUCCCAGUUCUUGGAGAACACAGAGGACACUGGGCUGCAGGAACACACAGAUGACAACUGUUUAUACUGUGUGGGGUUCCAGAUAAUGGGUUACAACCACGGUAACCAGCUGAAUGAAUUGGGUCGUUUAGGAGGAAAAUCAAUUCCUGAAGAUACACCUGUGUGCCGAAUAUUGUUACGGAAAGAAGUCUUAAGACUUGUCAUUAAUCUGAGCAGUUCUGUAGGAACAAAGGGUCAUGAAACAGGACUUUUAACGAUUAAGGAGAAGUUUCCCCAAGCAUUUGAUGACAUUUGCCUCUACUCUGAAGUUUCCUACUUGUUAGCUCAUUGCACAUUUCGACUCCCAUCUCGAAGGUUCAUCCAGGAGCUUUUUCAAGAUGUGCAGUUUCUGAUUAUGCAUGAAGAAGCAGAAGCUCUCUUAGCAGUUCCACCAAAACAACCUAUAAUUGCUGCUGAUGCUGAAUCAUGA